GCUGGGACUAUUCUUUUUUAUCUGCUAUUUCUCACUAAAUUACACAUAGACUGUUUACAUAAGAUUCCAUACGACCCAACACAGCAUCACGCGCUUGGACCACGAAAUAACUGAAGGAGCACCAAUUUAGUGGAAAGUGAUGUGCAUUAUGCAUGUCAUGUUUCAAUGGCAGUGUGCUGAAAUGCCUGGGUAGUUCUAGUACUAACUGAAAUGUGGUCCCACAGCUAAAAUCCUGCAUUGACCUAGACUAGGGUGACUGUCCUGGUGGACGAGUUGAUUUGGCUGUGCGUCAAAAUACUGAAGCAGUAAACCUGUCAACUAAGCCCAGAGUGAGCAAUGAAGACUGGGCUGUCACACUUUUGAAGUAUGGGGUGCACACAUGAAACUUGACAGCAAAUCCUUGCUGUAGCCUUCUACAACAAUAAAGCGAGCCGAGCACUAACCCAUGCAUGUUGUAUUAUUCUGCAGAUCAGAUCUGGGCAUUGGCAAUUGGGACCAUUUCGCUAGAACUAUCUCAGUGUUCUCCUUACGAUGGUAGAAUUUUCAGGCUGUGCAUCGAAUGCAUUAGAUCCAGAUCAAGAUGCUGAGGUGGAGGAUGAGCUGUAUGAAGUGGUGGACAUCACAGACUACGCCAGACGGCACCAGUGGUGGAGCCGCGUCUUUGGGAACAACUCUGGGCCCAUAGCGGAGAAGUACUCGGUGGCCACACAGAUUGCGAUGGGAGGGGUCACCGGCUGGUGUGCAGGAUAUCUUUUUCAAAGGGUGGGGAAGAUAGCUGCCACCGCUGUGGGUGGAGGAUUUCUACUUUUGCAGAUUGCCAAUCACAGUGGCUAUGUGCAGGUCGACUGGAAGAAAGUUGAAAAGGAUGUCAACAAAGCCAAGAAGCAUCUGAAGAAAAGGGCCAACAAAGCUGCUCCGGAGUUGAACUCUUUCAUAGAAGAGUCCUCAGAGUUUGUGAAAAGGAACAUUGUGCUGUCGAGCGGGUUCGUCGGAGGCUUCCUUUUGGGUUUGGCAUCCUAAACGUUACGAAGGAGAAGAAGAAGGGGAGAAGACGACUCUCAGUUUUAUCUCAAAGCCAGAUGCGCUUUUCCCUUUUGUUACUGUGAAAACUGCCUGCCUCGUGCCGCCAGUGUGCUGUAUGGGGCAGCUCCAUACUCCACAUUGUCUGUGUAGCUCCGUACAACCUCUCUUGUACCACUGAGUGUCUGCAGCCAGGAGAGUUGACGAGGGGGAGUUGUGGGGUUGUGGACCGCAGCUGUACGAUACAAAACAAUCCAAGCACCACCACCUAGGCAUAGGUGCCAUGUAUAUUUUGGUUCAUCUGUUUGCUGUUUAAGUAGCUAUAGGCAACUUGGUAGGAACCUACUGGAAGCUUUGUUCACUGCGGUGGUGUUGAAAUGAGAAACCUAGAACUUUCCUCACGUCAUGUACUGUAUAUGACCAUAAAAACUGAAAUCAUAUCUAGGUUUUUACAAAUUACAACAAUAUAUGAAUUGCCUUUUGGACAGUGCAAUAUUUGAUGUUAAGUUUAAUAAAGCCUAUUCUUAUCUGCUCUGCACAAUU